AAGGAAUCGAUCGUGUGGUUGGUUAUUUGGUUUGCGUCGUUAUUGGAAACAAAGUUAGACCACGCAUUGCAGAUUGCAUUAUUAUUUUUAUCAUAAACGACUAUUUAAAUACAGUUGAUUAUUCAAAUUUAUUAUUUAAACUCAGUUACAUUACUAUUAUAAUUAUAUAAAUAUUCACAAAAGAUAUAUUUAAAAAAAAAAUAAUGGCUGAUUCGUCAUAUGAAAAAGGACUGAGCGAACUUUCAAAAAUGAAAGUCGCAGAUUUAAAAGUCGAAUUAAAACAAAGAGGCCUACCUACAACGGGAAAUAAAAAUGAACUUGUUGAGAGGCUUCAACUUGCUAUUCAUGGCGAUAGCGCACUAUCACUGGACGAGACGGCGGAUGAAAUUUUAGAUGAAGAUGCUGUACUUGGGGAUGAAGAAAUAGAAGAAUUGACACCAGAGAAACCAGAUUCUCAAGAAGUUGGUGAAAAACGAAAAUUAUCCACAGAUAAUAAUCCAGUGUCUGCUAAAAAAAUAGUUCUUAAUCGUAAUUCAGUUAUUGAAGAGAUAAAAGUUGAUAAACAGAGUACUGAAGAAACACCAAAACCCGCUGAAACAACUGAGACUCAGAAACGUGUCAUUAAAUUAUCGGAAGUCGGAAUAAAAGAGCGAUUGGAAAUGAGAGCUAAGAAAUUUGGUGUCCCACUAUCAGAAUCAGCGAAAAAAGAAGCUAGGUCUGCAAGAUUCAAUAGCAUUAAUAAUCAAAAUAAUAAAUCUGCGGCGUCUAUUAAAAUACCUGUUGAAACGUCAGUUGAAACGUUGAAAAAACGCGCUGAAAGAUUUGGUACCAACGUUUCAAACGUUGUAGAAAAGGUUGAACUGCAGGAAAAAAUAGAAAAACGCAAGGCAAGGUUCGGUGAAGUUCAACCACUACCACUUAAGAAACCAACUUUUGUUAAUAGAGUUAAAUAUGUCAAAUGAUAUAAUUUAUUGUAUAUGCCUUUAUCAAAACCUAUUAUUUAAAGUUCAUAUUUAGCCUUGGAUGUUUCAUUAAUUUUAUUUUAUUAUUUUUUUUAUUAAAUAGUAUUCGUUAUUAAAGUUGAACGAACUGAAAAGUAGCCUGAGUUUAUUUCAUUUGUUAAAUUUAAACUCUAAUGAAUUUAUUAUUGCAAAAUUAAAUGACUACGAACUUUUUUUUUUAUAAGAAAUUUUAUAAAAGGAUCUAAAAUAAUAUAACUCAUUACCAUAAUGACAGGGUUUUUUUUUUAUUGAUCUAGACAUGAUCAGGAUUACAUAUAAUCGAAGAGCUUAAAUCAAAUGGAGACAUUUUAAUUUUUUUUACCCAAUUAUAAAAAUGACUCAUUUGAUUUUAAGAUCUCUAAUUACAAUGUAUGAAACAAAUUAAUAAGUAUUUUUAAAUCAAAAUAAAUAAAAAUGAAUUGACAAGAAAAAAAAAAUACAAAACGACAAAUAUUAUAUAUUACUAAUAAUUGAUAAAAACAAGUAGCAAUUGGUCAAAUUUAAAAAAUAAAUUUCCAUAAAAAUAAAAAGCAAAAUUUUUUUUAAUUAAUUAAUUAAUAAUAAUUAUAAUUGUUGACAUAAUUUGUUAUUAUUUAACUUAAAGCUUUAUAUUAUAAAAAAUCUAAGUCAAGACAUUAUCACAAUUUCGCUUGUCUUGAAAUAGGAUACAAAAAAUUUUCUUUUUUUUUUCUUUCUACUAAACAAAAAUAACACAGAAACUUUUUCUUUUCCCUCUUUUUUUUUUCUUCAUUUCAUUUUUCUUUUUAAUUAUCAUCUCACAUUAAUAUAAAUUUAAUAUAAUAUAAUAUAGAGGCAGUUUGAAAAAAUUUACAAUUUAUUUUCACCGAAAGAUACAUUUGAACUUCAGGUGUCGUAUGGGAAUUUUAAAUAUUUUUUCACACUUGUGCCGAAAUUAUUGUUAAAAAAUAAAAUAUAAUAAUGUCGUAUUGUUUCAAAAUGAACUGUAACGUUAAAAAUAUUGCAAUCAAUAAAAAUAUUUAUAUAAAUUCAUUUUAUUUUAAAUCGAAUAACAAAUUUUUUUUUUUUUUUUAAGGGCAUUCUCAGACAGUGCCCCCACUUUUUAAAUAUUUUCAAUGACUUAAUUGCCAUAAGCGCAUCAAAAUUUUAUUAAUUGAUUAAAAAAAAGUUAGAGUAUUCAUUGAAAAAAAGGAAACUUCGCUGAUAUAGAUUUAAAAAAAAAUUACUUACAGUUGAUAUCAAUUAGGAGUCAAACAAAAUAUAGAAAAUAAAUUUCAGUAAAAUCUUCAUGUCAAUUUUAUAAUUGAAAUUUUCAAUUUUUUUAGGCUGAAAUUUAUUUUCCAAAUUUUGCCCGCACAAAAAAAUAUAUAACUAACAUAUGUCCCAUGUAGCCGAUACAUUGAUGGAUAUAUGUCACAUAUAUAUUUUUUCGUGUGGGUGUUUAACUCCUAAUUGAUAACAACUGCAAGUAAUUUUUUUAAAAUUCCAUAUCUCAGGGAAAUUGUCCUUUUUUCAAUUACACGGAGAAAAAUGGAGGUAAAAAACGUACGAAUUUUUAUUAUGCCGUCGACCAAACUUGAAACAGAAAGUUGAGUCACUAAAAAAUGAUUAUCCUGCAAUCCAAACAAUAUUAUACACUUAAAACUUAUUGAUAAAUUGUAAUAAAAACUAUUUGUGUGAACUAGGAAUUAUAGUAGAAAAUGAAAAAAUUUCUAGAGGAUCACAAUAAUAAUUAUAGUGCAGCAUAAUUUUUUGACGACUCAACUUCCUGUUUCAAGUUUGGUUGACAGCAUAAUAAAAAUUCGUACAUUUUUUGUCUCCAUGUAAGGUUUUAAUUUUUUUUUUAAUUAGUUAAUAAAAUUUGAAUACGGUUAUGACAGUUGGAGUCAUUGCAUAUUUUUAAAAAGUUUGGGCACUAUCUGAGUAUACCCUUAAGACUCGUUAUUUAUUUUUUUUUCCAAGAUAUUUAUAAAUCAAUUAGUAAAAUACUGACAAUAAAUUUCAAAAAUAACCCCAGGUUUAAUGGGUAUUAAAAAAUAAAAAAAAAACCUUUAUUAUAAAAUCGUUUUUGGAAUUAUUAAUUGAUUAAUAAUUAUCACAGAAAAUGUUUAAAAAUAAUUUACUUUUUUUAGUUAACGAAUCUUGAAUAUAAGUUAAAAAAAAAUGUGAAAAAGACAAUGCGUUUUUUUAUAUUAAAUCAGACUCUAACUUAAUAAUUAUUAAUAUUGUUAUUGUUUCUAUAGCGUACGCUUUAACGAAAUCUUAUUAUAACUAAAAAUAUAUAUAAAUAUAUAUACGAAGCGUGAUUUGUGUUUUCAUAGCACAUAAGUCUUUCAGUUAUUUAAUAAAUUGUCAUGUGUUUUAUUUAAAUCUUAAUUAUUAUGACAAAAAAAAAUAAUAUUAAUAAAAAUAAGAAAAAAAGUAAAACAUUCUCAUCACUUUUACAAUUCCCAUCAGCAUUUGCACAUAUCCAUGGACCGAAAUAUUAUUUAAUUAUAUUUUAAAUCACAAUUUAAUUAUAAUUAGCAUUUUUUUUUAAAUUUCUUU